CAACACACCCUCUCUUUCCCUGCUCCCUUAAUCCCCUCGUGAGCGCAAAGCGAUUGACAAGCCAGAAUGAAAAUGAGUCGGACACUUGUGUACCUCUUCAGUGCAAGCAGUUCUUUUUGAGGAGACCUCUAAACUUGGAUCAUAUCACCAUGGGAGCUAUUUGUAUUGCCCGGGACUUCUGUUUGUUUUUGCUCUUGUUAAAUACUCGUCAAAGCGCAGCGCUUCCUCACAAUCGUGAUGCGGACCAGUGUGCUGAUGGAAGUGAUGGCUGUCACAUUGACGCAAUUUGCCAAAAUAACCAAGCUUCAUAUAAGUGCACUUGUAAAACAGGGUUUAAAGGGGACGGUACACACUGUGGAGACAUUGAUGAAUGCGAUAUUGAACACAAUGGUGGCUGUGUACAUGAAUGUCACAACAUACCAGGCAAUUAUCGAUGCACUUGUCACGAUGGAUUCAAUUUAGCGCACGACGGUCAUAACUGUCUAGAUGUGGACGAAUGUCUCUUUAACAAUGGUGGCUGUCAGCAUGUGUGUGUCAACACCAUGGGGAGCUAUGAGUGUCGCUGCAAGGAGGGUUUCUUCCUCAGUGACAACCAGCACACCUGCAUCCAUCGGUCUGUGGAGGGCUUGAGCUGCAUGAACAAGGAACAUGGCUGUGCCCACAUCUGCAAAGAGACUCCCAAGGGUGGAGUGGCGUGCGAGUGUCGGCCAGGCUUUGAGCUGGCCAAGAACCAGAGAGGUUGCAUCUUGACCUGUAACCAUGGCAACGGGGGUUGCCAGCACACCUGUGAGGACACAGAGCAGGGGCCGAUCUGCAAGUGUCACGUCAGGUACACUCUGAACCCUGAUGGGAGAUCCUGCGUAGAGAGAGAUGAGGCUGCCACUGACACCACGGAUCACAAUGCCACGUCCCUGGCAGAAGUGGACAAACGAGUCAAAAGACGCCUGCUUAUGGAGAAUUGUGCAGUGAAUAAUGGGGGCUGUGACUGCACCUGCAAGGACACAUCCACGGGGGUCCGCUGUAGCUGUCCUGUCGGCUUCACUUUGCAACCUGAUGGGAAGACCUGCAAAGACAUUGAUGAGUGUGAGCCCCACAACGGUGGAUGCGAUCACUUCUGCAGGAACACCAUCGGCAGCUUCGAGUGCAGCUGCCACAAAGGCUUCAAGCUUCUGACGGAUGAGCGCUCCUGUCAGGAUAUCGACGAGUGCUUUUUUGAAAGGACCUGUGGACACACGUGUGUGAACUCUCCCGGGAGCUUCAAGUGCAUAUGUAACAAAGGCUACACUCUGUAUGGACUGGCUCAUUGUGGAGACGUAAAUGAGUGCAGCAUGAAUAACGGAGGUUGUCAGCACCGCUGUGAGAACUCCAUGGGCGGAUUUGAGUGCCACUGCAACCCUGGUUACAAACUUCACUGGAACAAAAAAGACUGUAAUGAGGCAGAGGGUUUGCAUGCAGUCAAGUCACCUGCCAAACCCACCCUGAACUGUGGCAAGCAGGGAGGGGGUGACCGCUGUUUCCUGACCUGCCAGUCCCAGGUCCACAUCAGCAGUGGAGCUGCGGAUUCCUAUACGGUGACCUGUGGAAUGCCCUUGCCCUGCUUCACUGAGGGACAAAGGAAUGAGUCAGGGUCGUAUUGCCAAGGUUCAGACACAUUGCACACCCCAAGGAUCAAAACCACCGCGACCUUCAAGGCUGGAAUGGGAAAGUGUAACCUGAAAAAGAGUCAAGAAAAACUGCUGGAAGGAUUUAAUAAUGCUCUUUCAGACAGGAAGUUGUCCGGCACAGAGAAUGUCCAAUUCAGUUUUGUGAGCCUUCACUGCAGUUCCUCCAGCAAGCGCUCGCGCAGUCGGCACGGGCGGAAGGCCGGCGAGGAGGACGGCUCCUCCAUCACGGCCGAGUUUGAGCUGGAUGUGAGCCUUGAGGAGGUAACAGCAGAGGGUUGUGACCUGACCUGUGUCCGCCGGCGCUCGGAGAAGAGGCUCCGCAAGACGAUUCGCACCCUGCGCAAGUCCAUCAACCGCGAGCAGUUCCACCUGCACUUUGCUGGCUCUGAGUACGAGAUGGGCAAGAAGGCAGCCCGCCCUGUGGACCUGCUGGAGCAUUGUGGCACCGGCCAUGUGUUGGUAGACAAGAAGUGCGUGAGCUGUAGCGUUGGCAUGUUCUAUGACGGCGAGCAGGGGAGGUGUGUUCUGUGUCCAGCUGGAAUGUACCAAGAUGAGGAAGGGCAGGUGUCUUGCGAGCCGUGCCCAGGCCCAGAGGGGAGGGUCACUCCUAGAACUGUGGGGGCUCGGAACAUCCCGGAGUGUGGGGGUCAGUGCUUCCCAGGGCAGUACUCCCAUGACGGCCUCAUCCCAUGCCAGCCCUGCCCGCUUGGCACCUACCAGCCAGAGGUGGGACGCACCUUCUGCUUCCCCUGUGGAGGGGCCCUCAUCACCAAGCACAGCGGAGCGGUGUCCUUUCAGAGCUGUGAGACCAAAGUCCAGUGUUCUCCUGGUCACUUCUACAACACUAGCACCCACCGCUGUAUCCGUUGCCCCAUGGGAAGUUACAUGGGGGAGUUUGGGCAGAACCACUGUGUGGCCUGUCCAGGGAACACCACCACUGACUUUGAUGGGUCCACCAGCAUCACGCAGUGCAAAAACAGACAGUGUGGAGGAGAGCUGGGAAAUUACACCGGCUAUAUUGAGUCUCCCAACUACCCGGGGAACUACCCUGCCAACAUCGAGUGCAACUGGACCAUCACGCCACCUCCCAAGCGCAGGAUCCUGAUCGUGGUGCCUGAGAUCUUCCUCCCCAUCGAGGACGAGUGUGGAGACUACCUGGUCAUGAGAAAAACACAUCUGCCCAACUCUGUGACGACGUACGAGACGUGUCAGACAUAUGAGCGGCCCAUCGCCUUCACCUCCCGAUCCAAGAAACUGUGGGUCCAGUUCAAGUCCAAUGAAGGGAACAGCGGGAGGGGCUUCCAGGUCCCUUAUGUAACAUAUGAUGAGGAUUACCAGGAGCUGAUUGAAGACAUAGUCAGAGAUGGAAGAUUAUACGCCUCUGAGAAUCACCAAGAAAUUCUUAAGGACAAGAAACUUAUGAAGGCCCUGUUUGAUGUCCUUGCGCAUCCACAAAACUUCUUCAAUUACACUGCUCAGGAGUCAAGAGAAAUGUUCCCGAAAUCUUUCAUCCGAUUCCUGCGCUCCAAGGUUCUGCGGUUCUUGCGCCCCUAGAAAAGCAGUGCUCAUCGCCCCUUCAUGGCAAACUUGUGGCAAACAAACAACAACCUGGCAAACUUCUAAAACUGUGCUUUAUCACUGCUGCAAACAAAUUAUAAACUCAUAAGGAACUGUCCAACCUGAGAACAUUUGAUAUCAGCUGAGACUGAGAACGACCAGGAGCGUGUGACUCUUUAUCUGACAUCUCAUCUUUGCCAUCCAAAUACAGGCAACAGUGGACUCUCUCAGCAAGGCAGUUGGGACUUGUUUUUCCUCCCCAUGAAAGGGUCCCAGUUACAUGAAUUUUUCCCCCAUUUUUAUAAAUGGUAGAUGUGGGCUCUGUUCAAGUAACUCUGAGUCUUUGAAAGGAUUGUUUGAAUUGUGUUAAGUUGAGUGGUUGUGUUGUGUGAAAAGUCCUCCCUUUCCCUCCACAAGAAACCCUAGUGUUCAGAGAUAUUACGAUAUGUUGUUUGUCUUUCAAAGGGAAGUUACUCCUCUUACAUUUUUGUGCAUAGAGAGAAUAGCAUACACCUUUUUUUACUGGUAGGAACUGGGUGGACCCUGCGGUUUGGAGUUGUAUCGAGAUCACUGGUUCUUAUUGUGCUGAAAAAAAUAUAUGAAAUAUAUGUUAAAAGCAACCUUUGUUUAUAUAUCUUAUCACUACAAGGGAGAUAGUGACAAAGUUAAAAGCAAUUAUUCUUUUGAAUGUUUUGUAUAUUAUGUAUAAAAAUAUUAGACCGCUCUCAUGAAUUGUAUUGUAGACAAACGCCUCCCUGUAAAGUAUGUGAUUUUGUUGAGUGAAACAUGUUUUAUGCAUCCGCUAGUAUAAGGUCACAUGUUCAAUCUAUGUUUCUGCUGUUUUACAUGAUUGAUUGACGCUGCCAGUAAAUGCCAGUAUUUUGUUGACAGGUUUGAUACACUUGUCACAGACAUUAAUAAGACCUCCCUAAUUUCAUACCCACUAUAGAUCCUGUCAUGCAAGUUUGUCUGAACCUUGUACUCAACAAAUGAAACCCACCAUGACUUUUUGGAAAAAGAGUUCGGUAGAAUAGAAAUUUUCAGUCAUGUAUUAGAAAGUAAAUUAAUAUCUAUAUUUUUAUGUUUUAUACAUCUAACAUGUAAAUAAAUCAAGUAAUCGAAAA